CUGCUCACGUCCCUAUCCCACUGCGCUAUCUAUCCCCGGUAUUGCUUCACUCAUCCUGGCUUGAAUACUCUGUUCUGCGCAAGAGGAGAGCGGAUCCAGCGCCAACAUGACACGCCCGCGGCGAUCCUCCGUGGCGAGCGAGGAGAGCACGGGGACUGCCGGUGACCAGGAACUAGGGAGCAUGUAUGAUUACCUAGCCAAGAUAAUACUGUUAGGACCGAGCGGCACUGGAAAAUCUUGUUUAUUACACCGUUUUGUAAAGAGCGAAUGGCGUGUCCUCUCGUCGCAAACGAUUGGGGUUGAAUUCGCGAGCAAGAUCAUUAAAGUUGGCACCGGCGCGCGGCGGAAACGAAUAAAGUUACAGCUAUGGGAUACAGCAGGCACCGAGCGGUUCCGCUCCGUUUCGCGAUCAUAUUACCGCGGGGCAGCGGGCGCUGUUUUAGUCUACGACAUCACUUCUCAUAAUUCCUUUCGAGGACUCCAACCUUUUCUGAACGAUGCGCGGGCGCUCGCUUCUCCGAACUUAACCCUUCUCCUCGCAGGCAAUAAACUCGAUCUCGCCAACGACUCUCUCAUCGACACGAGUAUACCAACUGCGACGCCAUCGAGCACAGGCUCGAAUUUUCCCUACGGCACGUCGGCUGGCACGGCAAGCGCCGGAUUAGGUGCGCAACUGCGCGCCACAGUCGCCCCGGAAGGGCGCGAGGUCUCACCCGAAGAGGCAUCACGGUGGGCCAGCGGUGUUAAUGUACCGGUUACCAUGGAGGUCUCGGCGUUCUCCGGCGAGGGCGUAGAUGAAGUAUUCGGACGGCUUGCGCGCAUGAUUCUAACGAAGAUCGAGCUGGGGGAGAUUGAUCCCGAUGAUCCGAUGAGCGGUAUACAAUAUGGCGAUGGAGGCAUGUGGAAUGCCGGCGCCAGCGACGGCGCUAGCAUUAAGAGCUCUAUGACGGCGGACGAAAUCGCUCUUGGAGGAGCCAGCGUAAGGAAGAGGAGACGAGGCAAGAAUCGCGUUCCGAAUUGGGGAAUGCGGGAAUGGGAGGAGGUUUUCACGCUGAAUCGUGGACGGGGGAGGGGAAAUUGCUGCUGAGAGGACCUCGUUGUUACGGUGUGUUUUUUUCCUUUCGCGAGCGCGAAGGGAGGAGUUAAUAAUGGUGCUCGUUCUGAAAGUUACGACAGGGGCGUACGGCGGAUCGAACGAAGAC